ACUACACCGAAAGGGUUCUUCCGAGUAAUCCAAUCCAAAGGGGAGAGAAAAGAAACGCUACGAUCACCAGAAGGGCAAAAAGAUUCGUUCCUAAUUGUUUCGAUCCGACCUCAAGAAGAAGAAGGAAGAGGCAUAUCAUCAUGAUAGGGUUGUUCAAGGUUAAGGAGAAGCAAAAAGAGGAAGCUAAGAACAACAACACAAGAGGAGCUUCUGCCAAGAAACAAUCUGCUGGUGAACUUCGUCUUCACAAAGAUAUAACAGAGCUGAAUCUGCCAAAGUCUUGUUCCAUAUCUUUUCCUAAUGGAAAGAAUGACUUGAUGAACUUUGAAGUCACCAUCAAACCCGACGACGGCUAUUACUUAGGUGGUAAAUUCGUUUUCACGUUCCAAGUCUCUCCGGUGUAUCCACAUGAAGCUCCAAAAGUUAAGUGCAAGACCAAGGUGUACCAUCCGAACAUCGAUUUAGAAGGAAACGUUUGUCUCAACAUCUUGCGUGAAGACUGGAAACCUGUUCUCAACAUUAACACUCUCAUCUACGGUCUUUUCCAUCUCUUCACGGAACCCAAUCACGAGGAUCCUCUCAACCAUGACGCAGCAGCGGUUUUAAGGGAUAACCCCAAGCAGUUUGAGUCUAAUGUCAAGAGGGCUAUGAGUGGAGGCUAUGUUGGCCAAACCUCUUUCCCUCGCUGCAUCUAAGUUAUAAUAAGCUAUGCUUCUGUUUCACUUCACUUUUCUUCUUCUCUAGAGACUCUUUUUGUGUUUGCUCUCUUGUACAUUUUGGCUUUUAUGACAUCGCUUUUAUUAUAAUA